GUUUUGACAAGAUAAACAAGAGGGGAGGGGAGAUCAGUCACGGUCCCGUGUCAUGUGACCCGCUGGAGUGUGUGGUCAGUAGAGACACUGGCGCCCGAGAAGAACGCAGCAAUGUUAGGCGGGGUGGACUCAAGGGGAGAGAACUUGGACUAAUGGACAAAACGUUUCUGUUUGUCUGCUCUUGGAUAUUGCACUGUGGAUAUGGAGCAUCACCCAGCAUCUGCCCGGCCCCAGCAUCAAACAGAACGUCCAGCACUGGUCAUCUGUCACCCGUCGUCCUGGUCUCGUGCAGCAGAGGAUGUUGCACGGACUCAACGGACGGAUGCUGCUACAGGACUACUGAUGAUGUUGUGGUGUAUGCGGCACCAAUAUGUGUGGUGGCUGUGCUAUGUGCUGUCGUCUUGUUCCUGCUCUGGCUCCGGAGGAAACGUACGCAGGAGAGACUACUGGCAGAGAGUAAACCAGCAACCCCCACCACCUAUGACAACCCUCCAUCCUACUCCUCCUGCGUCAUCCCUGUAACGAGCACUGCGGACCUGACGUCAUUUGACGUCAACACCGAGGUUCAAGUUGACGUCCACCGCCACGAAAAAGAGGAAGACCCGCCCCUCCCCCCUCCCCCCAUCUAUGACGACAUAUUCCGUAACGGCGAGGACCAGAUAGCCGUCAUCAGCCCCACGGGUCGCGUCAGCUUUGUCGACCUGUGCGUCCUCUCGUCCACCGCCUGUUGCCAUGCCAACAAAGACGCCGGAGGUACUUCCGCAUGUGAAGAAGGCUGCGUCAACUACAGGGAUGACGUCACACAAACGACGGAAGUGGACGAGUCAGAUAUCCCACAAUGCACUGGUUACACUAGUACGGAAACGUCGGGUAUACCCUCCUACGACGACUGUACCAGUACGGAGAAGCCGGCGGCCGCCAAAGCCACUUUCUACCUGCACAGCGAACACACCUGACCAGAUUCACGGAACCAGAUAGUUAUUUCAGACUGUAGAAACGUUAACCCCCCCCCCCCCCUCAUCCUCCACUCCACAAACACAAAAAGGAAAGAUUUGAUGCGAUCCCACCCUUGACAGUAGCCGAUACUAUAGACACUUCAUAUCUAGUCGGGAACAUGGAUCGUCGUUGUAUCAUAAAAAGUUAUCAUACCUCGAUAUGAAGCUACACCGCUGUUUCGCUGAUGACGUCAUACCAUAUAGGAUAAAAUUCCCGUGUUCAAUAAUUUUUGUGGUACGCUUGUUUUUCAAAUAGUGAUAUAUUUUUUCACAAUGCUAUCUGUAAAUUAUUUCUGGAAGUUUAAAAGGCAUAAAUACUUGUUUAUCACGUACUGUUACUGUUUUUGACUUACUUCAAUAAAUUCCUUAUUGUUUAACGA